AUGGCACAGCAAGGAGAAGCAUUCCCUGAUGUAGACAAAAGUCACAACAAUUACCUAUUGAUCUAUCGUCUUCUUGAAUGUCCAAUUUGCCUGGAGCAGAUGCGAAAGCCAAAGUCCCUUCCUUGUCUACAUUCCUUUUGUGAGGAAUGUCUUGGUACCUACAUCGUCACAGAUUUGUCGGGUGAAAUGGCCUCCGCGACAUCAUUCCCUUGUCCUGUAUGUAGAAAGGUCACAUCGCCUAUAAACCACGCGGCAGCAAAGAAAUCUUGGGCAGAGCAGUUUCCGGCCAAUAGCCAUGUUCAAAAUUUAAUCAAUCUUCAAAUGGUUCCGCAUGUCUCAAAACUUUGCGGACCCUGUAAGACAACAAAGAAUAUAGAAGCCCGAGCUGAGGUCUGGUGUAAUGUCAACAAAACUUUCUUUUGCGAACCAUGUAAAGUAAAUUUUCAUGAUGUCAUUCACAGAGAUUGCGAUAUUGUAACGAUCAAUGAGACAUCUCCUGACGUGUGUUGGAAACAACUUUUGCCACUGACUUGCUCUACACACAAAGAAAAGAUGGACUGUUAUUGUGACGAUCAUCAGUUUAUCGGAUGCAACAAAUGUAUUAUCACAGAACACAGACGCUGUGAAGUGGUGAUGAUGAUAAAAGAGUAUUGUGACAAACAGAAGAAAACCUCCCAGUUAGACAACAUGGAGAAGUCUCUAGGGACGUCGUCCAACUAUAUGGAACUGAUGGUGAAAGCUUUCGACGAUCAGAUAGAAAGCAUGCAACAAUGUCAGGAUGUUAGUUUGUCUAGUAUUAUCUCCCUACGACACCAGAUCAACACCCGUCUAGAUAAAAAACAGGAGGAGAUAAUCAAGGAGCUGAGUUCAACGUACAAAAGAGAGAAAUCCAAGGCUGAUUUGUCCAAGCAGAAAUGUAAUCGGCUGCAGGCGUCUAUGCAGACUACAAGGGAAGCGUUCAGAGCAGCAAUACUAAGAGAGGACAAUGUACAUACCAUACAGCUGUUCCACAGAGGUCUAACGGAGGUCCGUGCCUGUGAUGAUCUAAUCUGUAACUUGGGUAGACCAUUCACAUCUGUCAGUAUCAAGCACGAUAUCGAUACUGGUUUGCAUACCAUUGACGACAAAUCCAUGGGUAGAAUCACCGUUGAAAGGAAAAGAAAAGAAUUACCUGCAGGCAUUAGAUCUACGAAAAUGCUGUCGAAAUGCCGUGCAAAGAAAUUAAGGAAAAUCAGUAUGGAAUCGAAUUCGUAUGAUUCCUUUAAUUUUGACAGUCAGCAUGGAGUUGUAUUAUUACCCGAUCAUCACAUUGUUGUUAGUGACAAUGUUGAGGGAAAACUGAUGUUGUUUACAGAAGAAGGACAAUAUUUGAACUGUAUAGCGAUGACAAAUACAUGUGAUAUGUGCUUGGUAGGUAGAAACACAGUGGCUGUCACUAGUGAGGAAGUAAUUCAUGUUGUGAAUGUACAGGAUUCGAAACUGAUUUAUUCAUCGACAAUAAACACGAAUGGUCGCAUAGAAUGCUAUGGUUUAGCAUAUAUGGAUGAAAUGUUCAUGGUGAGCACACCAAGUGACAUAUAUAUUGUGACCAAAGAAGGCGAAGUCGUCAAAUUUCACACCUUGAGAAAACACUGCUAUCAUCUGGCUUAUGAUUCGAUGUCAGAACAACUAUACGCCGGUCUGUCAGAUCGCGAACCUGGCAUGACAUCAAAUUCUUUUGCAGAACCGCAGUUUUAUGGUUGCGUUGUCGAUGAUGAUGUCAGUGAUUGUGUAUCGGACAGCAUAGUCAGGAUUUCCAUGAAUGUGACAAUGGCCAAAGAAGUUUUACUGAAAGCUAACCCAUGGGGAGGUCCAUUGAGAUUUGUACAAGCACAUGUUACCUGUCCCGUCCAAAAAAGUAGACGAAGUAACAAAACGCGUUAUUCUUGUGGCAGUAAUCAGUUGACGGGAAUAGACGUAGACUAUGAAGGGAACGUGUACGUCUGUGACCAACAGUCCAACAGCGUGGUCCAAAUUUCUGUAGACCGGCACAAGGUUAGAGAGAUUCUGACAGCAAUUGAUGGUAUACACAUGCCUAGUUCUAUUUCGGUGUGUGGGGAAACAUUCGUAGUAACCAACCAAUUGCCUCGAGGUGAAAAUGAAAUGCACGUGUACCAGCUCUACUGA